CUAACUGGAGGGGGUUUAAGAGAGGUAUGGGAUAGCGGUAAAUCCAUCAUCACUUCCCCAAAAUUUGUUCCAAGAUUGUUGGCGGUGUCUCCUUGUAAAAUCAAAUAUGACUCUCUUUCAGAACUUCAUACAUCUUUGCGUGAAGUACGCUACAGUGAACUUUCCCCGUUUGCAAGUGCAAUGGCAGAAUACGUUGGUACUCUUAUGGAGGCGGCGCGUCUUGGAGAGAUUGUGAGAGGGAAAAAUGAAAGACUGAGUAAGAUACGUCUAGAACAUUCAUACUAUUUAAGCAAGGUGGAUGCGUUUGAUUCGCGAGCAAGUGAACUUUUGAAAAAGCUGGAAAAGGACCGUGCAGAGGUGAAACAACUGUUGAAACGCUCUGAGGAAAUGGAUGCAGUGAAAAAUGAUAGUGGUAGGCGUCAAAGUGCUCUGGCGUUGCUUUCUGACAUUGUGGAUAGAUUUAUUCCCUUUCAUUCUUCGGAAGACACAGCCACAAGAGAAGCGUUAGAGAAAAAAGGCGAGGGGGCUGUUAUCAUGGUGGCUGCCCACCGGGCAUUUUUUGCCAUGCUCCCAAAGGAGCAACAGGUAUUACGCUUUCGUCAGCUGCAGUCGCACCUGAAUGGCUGGGGAAUCGCGGCACCGGAAGAACUUGAUGAUCCCAUUGUCUCAUCGCUGUUUCCGAGCGUAAACAACGUUACAAACAGUGCUUUGCUUUCCACUUGUUCCACCUAUGAACUUCUCUGCUUGGGUGCGUUACUACAACGGGUGUACUUUCACUGGCCAUUUUUUGGUGGUGCGAGUCCGGCUUUCGAGGGUAUGUUGAAACACUUCCUUAGCAUCAUGUGUGGUGGAUGUACUGUGGCAUCUGCGUUGAGCAAAGGUUUUAAAGAGAGUUUACUCGAUGCGGCAAGGACAGGGGAUGGAUUGUUGAUCUGCGAUGCCUCUGUCGCAUUUGUGUUGCAUGAACUGCGUCCCUUGUUGUUGCUUCAGCCAACCCUACGGGAGGCAAUAAUGCACCAGAAAUCGACAAGGGUCGCUCUGUAUGGAGAAACUGUGGAUGUAAAGUCAACCUUUUACGUGGUGUGCGUUUCUUCAUCUAUUGUUCCAUGUGAAAAAUGGGGCGGUAUAACGUCGCGUUUCAUGAAUGUCACGAAUUUUCACCUCACAUUCGAUGUGAAACAUUGUGUACAGACAACUCUGCUACAGAGUCCUAUAACCAGAGAAGAUGUGGGGAAAAAGUACUUCGGGGAUUUGUCAGUCGAGGACGGAAAUCCCAUUGAGACCUUCAAUGAGGCUCUACAUGAAGCGAAUGCACUGCUGUGCGAGGAUCUUGAUACAUUAACGGGGCCCGAUAACAGUAAACUUGCACGCCUUGACGUACUCAUUAAAGAUCUCAGCAAUUGCCAUGGGCGCGUGUUGCGUCUUAAAUCGAAUCAAGAGAAUGUCAUGAGGCAAUUAAAGGACACAUGGAAAUAUCUUAAGCAGGGUAUCUAUUCUGUGGAAAGUGCAAUAAGAGUGAUUGAGGAGAGUAUUCUUGGUAGGCACUGGGAACCACGUAAGCUGGAGCCAUUUAUCAUAGGUGCAAAAGAGUUAUUGCGACCCUAUCAAUCACGGAUAUCACCACACACUUUUGAUGCUCUUCCAGAAGCACACAAGGAAUUCUAUGCCACGAUAAAUUUUGUUGAGAGAGUUAUACAAGUGCUGGGAUGCGGCUGGCCGUGUGAAUUCCGUGGGAUUUUUGCAUGGUAUAUUCUCUCCAGUGCAAUUAUUGGCUGCGAUCUCCUCCUGCAGCUGCGUGGGGAGGUAUAUUCCCCAUUGACAGUUGUGUUUAAUAAUGAACAAUAUAAAGCACUGGAUCGCCUAGUGAAUCGGGGAAAUAAUGUCAUUGUUGAAGAAUAUGUGCGUGAAGUAUACGCGGCAUCUUCCGAUUCGAUCCUCAAAAAUGUAUUGCAUCAAUUCCCAGUGUCAAGCAACAGCACGCUUGAUUUUAAUAGAUGGGGGGAAGAGGGCAUUGUUUCUGGGAGAGAGGAUGCUAUUCGUUGCUUCUUCCAUUACUGGUUGAGGUUGGACUACGCAACGUGUGAUACGUUAGCAUCGCACCUCUACAACGCAUUUCUAUUGUCUAUAAAGGAGCCGAAUAAUGAGGGAUUGAGUGAGAUGAACCCGUUGUAUGACUACAUGGAAAGAUCCCCCUCAGACGUUUAUUGCCUUGAGGAAUGGCUGCGGUUGAGUUUAAGUGCCUGCAUUCCACUCUGCGUGGUAUCGAUGAACGCAAACCAGACUGUAAAACAUUACGAGCGAUAUUUCAAGUCAAAGCUUUUAUCCUAUCACUUUUGUCAUGUUUCCGCUACGGAAGAGGUGGAUCAGCUGAUGAAGACGGUUUCGGUGUGUUUUUCCGAUCGCCCAGAGCAACAAGGACGUGGUCAUUGCAUCUUGGCCAUGUUGACCCCCCCGGAGGAUGCUUCCGAUGAGGCAGUGUUUGUCCAGUCCUUGUCGACACAUCUCUCACGCUACUGUCGAUAUGGUGUGUGGGAGCCGGUGAGGAAUGGAGGUAGAACGCGUUUCCCGGUGCUCUUGUGUUGCGUCUUGUGUGGAGUUCCAGGCAGAGAAACUGACUCACCCAACACAGCGAAGAAAAAUAAUGCGUGUAUCCAUAUGCUGGAGGAGUGGUGCCUCACUCUCACACACGACACGUCAUUUUCGCGAUUUUAUUUAUUUUCCAUCCUGCAGGACCAAAAUAUUUUUCCGCCGUGGGAGAGGGAAGGGACGACGCUCAUGCUUGAAGGGCCAGCUUCAUUGCGCCCUGGCGAAAACAAGAAGGGCGUUUCUCGUCGAAGCGGUAAUCGCACUCCGCCAACCUUUAAAAUUGCAAAUACAAUUGAACUACAUACAGGCCUUGUUAGUGGACAGGUUAUGCUACGCGACCUGUGGGCGAAGGAGAGGUCUGGUGUUGCCUUCCCCUCACUUUGGCAAGCAACCGUUGACCGGGAUGAUCUCACUAUCAUCCUUCGGCUUUUGACCUUGUGGUUGCGAAAAGAGAAAAACACGGAGACUGAAUCAAGGAAGGGACGAUCGCUCCGCUUGUCAGGCCGGCCGGAUAGUAGAGCCCCUCUUUCUGAUACUGUUUCCUCCGAUACGUCUAAAGCCCAACAGGCUUUACUUGAGAACGUGUUUGCCAAAUUUGCAUUUGGGAUCUAUGCAGCUCGCAUGACUACUCGCAGGUUCCGAUUGGCCGUGAGUGAGGUGCUAAGUCAAAGAGCAUCCUUGAAUACAUCAGAGGGAGGCAUCAGGGAAGAUGCAAGGAAUUUCAGCGUGAGUAUUGCAAUUGAAGAAGCCUCAAAGGCUGGGCUUUCAGAGACGGGGUUUUUGGCGGAGCUUCGAAAUUCACAUGAAGACUUUCUUGGCCUUUGUGAUGAUGAGUCAUCCGCUGUGGCGUACCGCGAUCUUCUGGAUGCUUCUCUCCAGAAAAUUAUUUACGGUACCUGUGAAUCACCCACGUGGACGAGGUUGAAGCAUAGCGUGGGUCUGGAUCCGCGCAAAUCUGACCCGACGGCAUAUGCAGUGGAUUUGAAUCAAGCCCCUUCGAGGGAUCUCAUUCAGUUGCUUUUUCUCUGGGAAAAGGAUCACAUGGAGGGUCUUCUGUCGGUGUUGCAAGAGAAGGGGCACAAUGCAGUCGUUGAUCGUGUGCGGGCGGCCAUGGGGCAGCUAACUCGUUGGGUGCCUGGAGAGACACUGACCGUGUGGUUGCCCGCUCUGCAGUAUCCACGGCUACUACUUUAUGCCUUUGCGGCGCGGGCGGUGAGUCGAAAGCUAGAUGAAUUAAAUCGUGUUGAAAUGGUGUUGGUCAUGUCAAGACGGUACAGUCUCUUGCACGACGAUAUUAUUCUUUUUGGAGCGGCGCCUUCCGAUACGCUGGAGCAAGAAGUGCUGCAUCGCACGGAUUGGGAUGCUGCUCAUCUUGCGUGGAAGAAGGACGUUGACGAAAAGGACCACGAGGAGGACAUUGUCUUAGCUGUGCGGUUUCAAAAGGUUUCCAAUACAAAUACGGGAGGACAGUCAGGUGAUGUGCUGUGGGAGGUGUCUCCGGGCGAAAAACGAGUAGAUGUUUCCUCACCUCGUGGAGCCCGAGCCAGCGUCGUGUUUUUGACAGAGACGUCGGCGGGGUCCUCCCUCAAAACAUUGGAGAUACGAUCGACGUGUCCUCUCCCUGUAUUGUGCGCGUCUGCUGCAGUAACAGGGGAUGGGAGGGAGGUUGAGUGGCCCCUUCUCCUUGACAUGCCGCUGCAUGUCAUAUGGAGGGGAACUGAUAACCUAUGGAAGAGCAGAAAGUCAACUUCUAUCAGACGUUACUCGACGUUGGGGGAAGAAGACUCAUUAAUGCGGUCGACACGAAGAUCCAUGGUAGAUGCGCCUUAUUCUGCUCUCAGCAACAGCCUGAGUUUCUUUGUGACGAUCUCGUAG